AUGUGGCGUUUGACUGCAUCAUCUUGUGGACCAAUAGUCUCUGCGAUCGUUCUCGCAGGCUGCAACUACGCCAGGGGACGGUGGGUUCAAGACGCCAGGCGGCGGCCUUUGUACUCUGGGUUGGAGUGCAAGCGGUGGCUAUCUCCGAUGUGGGCUUGCAGGCUGACCCAGCGCACGGAUUUCUCCUACGAGAGUUUUCGGUGGCAGCCGGAGAGCUGCGAGAUACAGGAGUUCGACCGCCACUCCCUCCUCACAAGGCAAGUUCUCUGCCCCUCUCUCUAAUAAAUAGACUCUAAAGGCAGAAGAGAAGAGAAACAAAGCUGAUCUUUCCUCUUUGGCCAGGUUGCGGGGGAAGACGAUCGCCCUGGUGGGGGACUCCCUGGGCCGGCAGCAGUUCCAGUCGCUCAUGUGCAUGCUCACCGGCGGCAAGGAGGCCCCUGAAGUGGACGACGUGGGGAGGGAAUUCGGCCUCGUCAAGGCCCGCGGGGCAAUCCGGCCCGAUGGCUGGGCCUACCGAUUCUUCGCCACGAACACGACCAUCCUCUACUACUGGUCGGCGAGCCUGUGCGAGCUGGAGCCGCUCAACCGAUCGGACCCGGCGGCGACGCGCUAUGCCAUGCACCUCGACCGACCGGCGGCUUUCCUGCGGCAGCACAUUGGCAGGUUCGACGUCCUGGUUCUCAACACGGGCCAUCACUGGAACAGGGGCAAGAUCAGCGGCAACCGGUGGGACAUGUACGUCAACGGCGCGCCGCUGCGCGACCGGCGGAUGGCGGAGAUAUCCAGGGCGAAGAAUUUCACCGUCCACAGCGUCGUGCGGUGGCUCGACUCCCAGAUCCCGUACCACCCGCGGCUGAGGGCCUUCCUCCGGAGCAUAUCCCCCCGGCACUUUGUCAACGGCGAUUGGAACUCUGGCGGCAGCUGCGCCAACACGACCCCUUUGCUGAGAGGUGUACGGGUACAAGACGGCGGUGCCGCCGACGAUGCACUCGCCGCCGGCGCCGUGGCGGGCACGGGCGUGCGGCUGCUGGACAUCACCGCCAUCUCGGAGCUGCGGGACGAAGCCCACAUGUCCAACUACAGCCUCAGAGCGUCGUCGUCGGGUGUCCAAGACUGUCUGCACUGGUGCCUGCCCGGCGUCCCCGACACAUGGAACGAGAUUCUCCUCGCCCAGUUGUAG